AUGGCCGCCAUUCACACCGUUGCCUUCGCCUACCUGUUCGUUGGAACUGCGUUGGCCUAUGAUGGAAUCGGGGAACAUCAUCGGGUUGUCAGAGAUCCUUUUGCGCCAGAUGUAGGAGUUCGACAUCCUUCGAGAACUAUUGACCAGCCGGAAGCAGCGGAACCGUCGAAGAAAAUACAUCAGGCUGAAUCAGACGGAGAAGUGUUUUCAUCCGAUAAGCUGGGUGGCCAUCUGAGGACAAAGAGGAGCGGCAGUCAUCGGAAAAGCCCAGGAAAAAGGUCGAGACAACGACUGCCUACUUAUGAGGAGGUCGACCCGAAUCGUAAUGGCCUGUUGAAGGACAUCGGAUCAAUAAACGUCGGCUUGGCCGUUGGAGUUGGCGUACCUGGCACGAGUCCAUGCGGGUUGAGCAAGGUGAGGUGCGGUUUUGGCGAAUCUGGACUUGCAGGACAACUUCCAAUUGGACAGGAUAUCUAUCCCAGACAGGUACGAUACCAGAUCGCGUUAUUUUUACAUGAGGUCUAU